UACAUGUGGGAAUAACUACAUCAUGUGGCAGUGCUUUUAUGAGAGUACAGAACUGUCUAGUCACCUGUAGAACAAGGCUGACAGUGUUGACAUCAUCAAACCUUAAUAUAAAAAUUCCUAUUUUAUUUUUAUUGUUCCUACAGCAGGAAGGUUAUGACUAUGAAUUUGUACCUGUCCUUGACUCCAAGUAUGAAUGUGCCAUCUGUCUCCUGGGUCUGAGGUCACCUGUACAGACCACAUGUGGCCACCGCUUCUGUAAAGAAUGUAUCUACAACAGUAUGAGUGAGAGUAUUAACCGCUGCCCAAUUGACAACACCCCACUCACUGAGGCAGACUUGUUUCCUGACUCUUGUGCUGAGAGAGAAAUCUUACAGUUGAAGGUCAGAUGCCCAAAUCACACACUCGGCUGCACCCGUAUAAUAGACCUUAUGUAUAUUGAGCACCACACUCAGGUGUGCUCCUUUCAGCCAGUUAUGUGCCCCAAUGAGUGUGCAGCUACUGUGCUUCAGAGAGAACUUGAGCAGCACUUGACAUGUGAGUGUGUGUUACGGGUUAAGAAAUGUGCUCUCUGUGAUGAACCUUUUACCUUCAACCAAGAGCAACUUCAUUUACUGACUUGUGUCCAAGUAAUAGUGGCCUGUGAGAUGUGUGCGACAAUGGUAGCACGCGGUGAUGUCGCUGCUCACAUGACAGAAUCCUGCCCUCAAGUGGUGGUUGCUUGCCCCUUUGCUGAACACGGGUGUCACCAGAAGAUGACCCGAGUUGAUCUUAACCAGCACAUGGCACAAGAAACACAGUUCCACCUCUUUCUGUUAUCAUCUGCAUACAAGAAAAUCAAUACAUUUGUAUCUGAGUUAAGUCGAACAGUUGGUGUGAUACAGUCCCCUUUUGGAAACUUUAGUCGGCAGCCGAGUUUAAGAAGUCAGAUGUCUGCCACAUCUCCAAUUCCUGAAAAUUACAUAAGUCCUUCUCAUCCAGAGAGGACAUUAGAAAAAUCCUUAAAUGCAUCUGGAGCUGUUGGGUCUAGUGAUAAACCACCAGUGUUUCCCUCACCACAACAUGGAGACAAGGGAGGAUCCGAUUCGGGAAUUGACGUCAACAAACUGCAGCUGCAUCUGAAUCACAUGACUCUUGGUGAAGGUGCUACCAAAGGCUCUUGCAAGUCUUCUACAUCAUUGCUCACCCAGCAAGAGAUAAUACUGAGAGACUUGUGUGAGAAAAGUGUUGACUUGAGCCAGAGUAUGUUGGAAGAAACCAUUAAACUUAGUAACUUGGCUAAGAGAAUUGAAGAAGUUGAUGCUCAUCUUGAAGCUCAGUUGGCUGAGUUAAAUGGAAAAUUUUGUAAUGGAGAGUAUGUUUGGAAAAUUAAAAACUUCUCACAUUCUUCUGCUGAUUUACAAAAUAAGCCUGCGAGAGUCUACCACAGUCCUCCAUUUUACACUUCUCGAUUUGGGUAUAAAUUUUGUUUGCGAAUCAAUAUUACUUUUAAAUCUAAUGAUUACUUUUUGGCCUUGUUUAUUCACACAAUGCAGGGUGAUAAUGAUGACUUCCUAGACUGGCCUUUCAAUGGUCAAAUAACUCUCUCUGUCCUGGACUGUGGCUCAAACUUACCCAAGAACCACAUUACAGAAACAAUGAUGAGUAAGCCAGACCGACAAGCUUUUAUGAGACCAGAGAUGUCUCGCAAUCCUAAAGGAUUUGGUUUUACAGAUUUCACAUCUCUUAACAAGAUAAUGGAGUCAGAGAAUGGAAAGUAUUUAAAGAAUGACACACUGUGUAUCCGUGCUGUGGUAUGUGCUGCAGGAAAAAACAGUAAAAAAGUUGAAUGCAGUUAGAAUUUCCAAAGAUACUUUAAUAAAAAAUGAUUGAUGUGAAACUAAAAUGAAAAACAGCCUUUUUUUUGCACAUGUACAGUACUGUAGAGGUAAAAUGGCAUAGGAUAACCUUAUGUACACUUAUAAAGACCAAGAACAGAGAUAAUCAAACUCUUUGAUGAAGAAUUUUGUUGCUCUAAUCUAACAAACACACAAUGAAAGUUUGUUUCCCUUUAUAUGCCCACAUGCAUAUAUAGUUACUAACAAGAAUAUAUUCUUGCUGUACUGAACUUGUCAGUGCCUGACAAGACUAGCUCUCACCUAGUUAUUCAAAUUAUAAUAAUAAUGGAGGACAAACAUUACUUGAGGAAGACAUUCCUGUAUACAUUUUAUGCCAUGAGAGACAAGUGUGAGGUACCCAGUACCCAUCAUUGAUAAUUUUAAAUGUGUGUUGUUGACAGUAUUCCUUUCCUUUCAUUAACAUUUUACCAAUAUUUUUUUUUAAAUAGCUUGAAAAUUAAAUUAAUUUGUUUUUGAAAUUCCUCGUUGUUAUAACUGUUGUUUAAUGUAUAAAAGAAAGGAGUAUUCACUGAUUUACUACUGUACUGUAGAUAUAUUUUUGUUAUUGCUAUUUUCCUGGUGGUAAGAAUUAUACUUUUAUAUCAUAAUUAAGCUAUACAUUUUUAUACAACCCUCUUGUGUGAUGCUUUGGUAUCACACGAGUUUAUUUUCUGGCAACUUUCAUCUGUCAACUCCUUAUCCCUGGCAGAUUAGUGAUGGUUCCAGAUAGAAUCGUAGUUCUAACCAGAUCGUUUCAUGGCACAAGUUUCCAAGUUUAAGCAAGUCAAAAGAGAAUUGGUGUUAUAUAUAUUUUGAAUGAAUAUAUUUAACAAUUGUGUAUAUUUUUAAACUGUGUCAUAUAUUUUUUCAAAGCAAAGUAGAUAAAUACUUAUAUUUAACCACUACGCCCCGAUUGACAUUCCGGAACACGCCCCUGUUUGCGCCAUUGUUUGAAUUCCUAGCUAGGGUUAUAAGGUUCCAGCAUGACUAUUUGGUAGUCACGCCACACGCAGGGUAACGUGGGUGGGCUCAGUGCGGUUAGUAUGCAUUAGCCUGUUGCCAUGGAGAGUCGUACCUCGACCCUUCACGCUAAAAGUAGUGUACACAGUCAUGCGCUGGUUAACGUCCAACCGAACAACGUCCGAUUGCAUAUACGUCCGU